AUGGAAGAAGUGAGGCUCAGUGUCAUUCAGGAUGUGGCUGUGGGCUUCUUCUUGGUGGAAUGGCAGCUACAGGACCCUUUUCAGAAGAACCUGUACCAAGAUGUGAUGUUAGAAAAUUAUACCAACCUAAUAUUAGUGGGGUAUCAAGUUGCCAAAGCAGUUGCACUCUUCCAGUUGGAGCAAGGAAAACUAGGGAUAAUAGAGGAAGAAAUCCACAGUCAGAUUUAUUCAGGAGAGAAACACUAUGAUUGCAGUGGCUGUGGGAAAGCCUUUUCCUGGAAGUCAGACCUCAUUAAGCAUCAAAGAACACACACAGGAGAGAAACUCUAUGGAUGCAGCAGAUGUCAGAAGGCCUUCAGCCAGAGAAUCCAUACAGGACAGAAGAAGCCUUUUGAGUGUAAUACUUGUGUGAAAGCUUUCACUGAUAAGUCGUGCCUUAGUAAACAUCAAAGAACUCACACAGGAGAGAAGCACUUUGCGUAUCUUAUAUGUCAGAGAGGCGUCGGUGAUAAGUCCAAACUCACUUUACAUCAAAGAGCUCAUACAGGAGAGAAACCCUACAGUUUCAGCGAAUGUCACAAAAACGUUAGCAAUAACUCACAGCUCAUCAUUCUUCUGAGAGUUCACAUGGGAGAGAAACCCUGUGGUUGCAAUGAAUGUGGGAAAACAUUCCCUCUUAAGUUUAGCCUCAUUUUACAUCAAAAAACUCAUACAGGAGAAAAACCGUAUGGGUGCAAUGAAUGUGAGAAUGCCUUCGUCCAGAGAUCUGAGCUCAUUAGACAUCAAAGAACUUGCACAGGAGAGAAACCUUAUCAUUGCAAUGAAUGUGGAAAAGGCUUUAGUGUCAAGUCACUCCUCGAUACCCACUGGAGAACUCAUACAGGAGAGAAACCCUAUGGAUGCAAUGAAUGUGGAAAAAUGUUCUCCAUCAAGAGAAUCCAUACAGGAGGGAAACACUACAGAUGCAGUGAAUGCGGGAAAACCUUUCCCAUCAAGUUUAGCCUUGUUGUACAUCAGAAAACACAUACAGGAGAGAAGCCUCAUGAAUGCAGUGUCAGAAAUCUUUUGCCCAAAAGUCACACCUUAUACACCAAAGAACUCACACAGACUGUCAGCUGUCCAGGGAGCCCGCACCGGGCCCGCCCCCCAACUGGGCAGCCGCCACAAAGGCGCUCUGCAGCACCCCCAGCUGCCGGCCCGACCACGCAGGUUUCGAAGAAGUAUUUGAUCAUCAAACUCUCUGUUGCUUUAAACUUUGAAACCUGCAAUGACUGUUCUGCUCAGAGUUUGGACAAUGACAAAAGUCCUUGA